ACCCCAUCUAAGAACUUGUCUUGUGUCAUGUCGAGCAACACCACAACGCGCCCCAUCGUCUUCAUGGAUGUCAACAUUGGCGAGACGCCCGCAGGCCGCCUGAAGAUGGAGCUGUUCAGCGACAUCGUGCCGAAGACCGCUGAGAACUUCCGGCAACUAUGCACAGGAGAGUACAGAGUGAACUCGCGUCCUCAAGGGUACAAGGCUGCUACCUUCCAUCGCAGCGUCCCAAACUUCAUGGUUCAAGGCGGUGACUUCAUCAAGGGAGACGGAACAGGCUCUUUCUCGAUAUACGGAGACAAAUUCCCCGACGAGAACUUCAAAGAGAAGCACACCGGCCCAGGCCUUCUAUCAAUGGCCAACUCAGGUCCUAAUACGAACGGCUGCCAGUUCUUCAUCACCACAGCGAAGUGCGACUUCCUGGACGGGAAACACGUUGUGUUCGGGAGGGUGAUAGACGGCAUGCUCACGCUGCGGAAGAUUGAGAACGUGCCUACGGGCCCGAACAAUAGGCCCAAGCUUGCAGUGAAGAUAGUAGAAUGCGGCGAGAUGUAAAAAGUAUAUGUUUUGUAACAAUAUCACGGUGUAUUACGUACUGCUGCCAGAUGCCAGUCUCUUCUUGAC